UUAAAAACACAAAAGAGUUAGAUUCAAUAUCUUCAUCAAAAUUUCUGUUCGACGAAAUGGUAAUGAAAUUUAAUUGCAUCGUUGCGGUCUGCGAGAACAGAGGAAUCGGAAUCAACGGGGAUCUACCAUGGAAGCUAAAACAUGAGCUAAGAUACUUUUCUCGUAUGACGAAAAAAGUAUUGGAUAGCAGCAAGCGAAAUGCAGUGAUCAUGGGAAGAAAGACGUACUUCGGAGUGCCCGAGACUAAGCGCCCGUUGUCGGAUCGCUUAAAUAUAGUUCUCACGCGCAAUCCAGCCGACCAUAUGUUUCCGCCAGAAGUAAUUGUUUGUGGCAGUCUUCAAGAAGCUAUACGCAAGCUAGAUUCGACUGACCAUGGUGCAAAUAUCGAGAACGUCUGGAUCGUCGGUGGCAGUAGCGUGUACAAAGAGGCAAUGGAAUCGGAUCGUUGUCAUCGUGUCUAUUUAACGGAAAUUAAACAGAGUUUCGAAUGUGACGCAUACUUCCCGACACUGCCCGAAUCGUACCUGAGUGUUGCAAAUGAAGCAGAUGUACCUGACGAGGUGCAGGAGGAAAACGGAAUUCAAUACGAGUAUAAAACCUACGAAAAUCAACGCUGCAAAUCAUGAUAGUACGCACCAGCUAUCGAUCCGCCAACGUACGAUUCUUCAUUCACGCAUUGUUCACCGCUUAGCUUCUUGCAGUAGUUCGUAUAGUUGAGACAGUUGUUCAUCUCGAAAGAACUGCAAUUGCUUCUCCGACAAAUUUGCUCCAAUCAUUCCCACGGGCUUACCUCGUAAGCCUAACUGUUCCGCUAAGAUCAAAGCGUAUUCCUUUGAGCAGAAACAAAACAUGCGAUUAGUACUGUGACUACAAUAUUUAUCAAUAAAUCUUAUCAGUGUCUUACUGCCCAUUCGUUUAUGAACAAUUGGCUCUCGA